CAAUCAUAAGAGAAUGACGUAUAGCUAUCGGCCAAAUAAAUCGACGAUAUCGGUGAUAUUUAUAAUUUUAAGUACGCUAUUAAAUUAUAUUAAAGCAGCAGAUUCUUUCCCAUGGCCUGGUAGAGGUAAACCUGUGUCAUCCACUUUCACACCUAUCAAUCCUACUUCACCAGCCGAGUUGACAGUUAUCGAUGUACUAAGCAGUGAUGAACAGUAUAGCGAUUUAUUGCGAAUAAUACAACGCUUGAAGUUAGUCCCAGCCAUUAAUAAACUCGGCGAUAUCACUCUCUACGCCCCCACGAACGACGCCAUUAGGGAGGCACAACAUGCUAUGACUGAUAACAUCAACGACGAAGCUAGAGAGACAAUAUUUUAUCAUAUGCUAAAUUAUACUAUCACUUCUCAAUCGGAUCAAAUAUUACAUCAGACAUUAUUACAUCCAGACAGCGAACACGUUAAACCAAAGAAACCACAUUCCCCUUGGUUUCCUGAACCAGGCGAUGGAAAACCUCUAUCUGGUGCCGGUCAACAAGUCCGUAUUGGUCGAGCAAACUCGACAGAUAUUUGCUAUGGUCUGCCCGACUUACCAGUUGGGGAGAAGUAUCAUGGCAAUUGCCAUGAGAAUGGCGCUGCUACAGUUUUAUCAAAGGAACCAAAACAUGCUCGUAACGGUGUUGUCUAUCCAAUUGACAAGGUCAUCAGCCCGCCCGGAGAUUUAGCUACUCAGAUACGCAAUCAUCCAUCGCUCUCCACUCUGCUUGAACUCAUCCCUGCACAAGCAAUCUCUGCUCUCGAGCAACGUGCAGCAAAUGGCUUCACACUCUUUUUACCGACAAAUGAAGCAUUCAAAACGCUGGAUAAGACUGUAUACUCAUACCUUCAUAAUCAAAUAUACGCAAGUUCAGAUCUUCUCGAUUUGAUGUCCGGUCAUAUUGCUGUUGGGAAGGGUGUAGGUUGGAGCACGACUUGGGACACUCAGAAAGAAUACGAUACAAACCUUAAAACAAAACUACAGGUUAACGACAAAAAUACUGUUAAAUUAGAUUCACAUACAUCGGCACAAAUCAACACAUUUGAUAUAUUAGCCUCUAAUGGCGUCAUACAUCUUAUUGACUCAUUCGUGACGCCACCUCAACUUCUUUUACUGGAUUCUGAAAAGAUCUUGAUUGGCUUGAAUGCCACUCGGUUUGUGGAUUUGUUCAGAUCGGCGAAGCUUUCAAACAAAUAUCUGAAAAAUGACCAAGACAAUAUGACUCUUUUAGUAUUCCAUAAUGAUGUCUUCGAGGGCACAAACGAUAUUAAAGAAGUAGAUGCUCUGGCUACAGCUUCAGAUGAUCAGAAUGAAAUGGCUAUGACACUCAAGUAUCACAUUAUCCCUGGUAAUAUCCGCAAAGAUGAUGUUAAGACUGGCGAGCUAAUUGAGACUGAGUUAAGGACAAGACUGCUUGGAGAUAAGGGACAGCGUGUCGUUGUAUCAAAAACUAAAACACCAAGCGACAAAUCCAGUAAAACAAAUAAGUCUGAAAAGCACACCGGUUGGAGUUUCAACCAUGCUAGCGUUCUUAGCGAUGAACACAAAGUAGGAAACAAAACUAUCUACUUCAUUUCAUCGGUUUUGGAACCACCAAGAGAUGUCAUGAGCGUAGCAGUCUCAGACCUUCGUUUAUCAACUUUCGUCGCAUCAGUAUAUGCAGCUGGAAUGGACGAAUAUUUGAAACAUAUACCAGCAACAACCCUUGUCAUUCCAACAAAUGACGCAUUCGAAGAAUUGGGUUACGCAAUGAAGUAUUUUCUCAAAUCUCAAGCAAAAGCUGAAUUAAAACAGCUGAUUAAUUACCAUAUCAUUGAUGAUAUUGUCUACACCAAAAGCCUCUCAAAUGGAACUUACAAAACUCUUUCGGAUGUUCCCUUAGAUGUCAAUGUACACAAUAAGGGCAAUACAACUGAGAUGGCUCUAGGUUCACCAAGAAAUGUCGCAGGUUAUCCUCUAAAUGGCGAAGAAAGAAAAGCAAUCAUUAGUGAAGGAGAUAUAUUGACGUCUAGUGGUGUUAUUCAUGUUAUUGAUCAGGUGGAACGUUCUCCAAUGGUGGACAUCACAUUAAGAAAGUUAUUCAAAGGUAGCAACGCUAAUACUAUGUUAGAUCUUUUCCAAAAGGCCGGUUAUCAAUGGUUACUCGAUGGAAAAGCUCCACCAAUGGAAGAUGACAGUAAUCCCUAUGAGAAACAUAACUCAUCUACUGGACAUCCGGUUAAACCAUAUACAGUUUUAACGCCUACAGAUGCGGCAUUCACGCAUAUAAACCUCACCCACUACCUUGAUGAUAGAGCUGCAUUGGAAGCCUUAGUGAGAAUGCAUAUUUUACCUGCACCUCCGGAUUACCUCGACGAAGAUUACAGCUAUGCUCUUGAGGAAGAUCGUACAACUGAUAACGGCCAACCACUUUACAUUAGUGAUGAUAUGGCAUACCCUUCUCUACUAUCUUACACCGAAGGUGGUCCAUCACGUUAUGGCGACGUUGCAUUCAAGAAAUCUCAAAAUGGUUGGACUGUCGGUAUAAGAGGCGCUCGUGGCGUUAAUGGCCCGGAAGAUUUCGCAAGUGUAUUAGGAUUUGGUCGAGCUUCACCUCAUUUCUACAACAGCACCAGCGAUUUUGAGAUCAAUAGAAACAAUGAUCUAGACAAUGAUGACCCACACGCUAUGUCAAUUGGUGGUGGGAUUGUUGUAUUGGACUCCGUACUCAUCCCCUACGAGCCAUCGUGGAUAUACAGAUGGGGUUGGAUAGUCUUCACCGCAAUCACAGGAACUGGUGUGCUUGGUGCAGGUGGGUACGCCUCUUACGUUACGUACCAGCGGAGGAAAGAGAUAAGAGCAGGUUAUCAAUCACUAGAAGGUGAAGAAGAUUAAACGACAUAGUGAAAUCUGAUUGUAUUUGUCAAACAAUUUUGUACUACUAGAAAUAAAUUAAAUUUUUAAGCUUUAAGUGAUUCCAAAGCUUGUGACUUGAAUUUGACGAAUAAGUCCUUAGCUUCAGUCCAAACGCGAGCAGAUUCACGGUUCGUCAGUUCGAAGAGUGAUGGGAGAAGAUCGUGAGAGAAAGCGUCAGAAGACUCUCUUGGAAGGAGAGUAGGAAGGUGGUCAAUUGAGACGACUUGCAUUGGUGCAAGACCCUCCUUAAGUUCGACUGGUACUGUUGGCUUGUCGAAUGUUGUGUUGACAUUGUAGAUUGGGAUUGGGUUGUUAGGGUUGGUAGUAUCACAGCUGACAUCGACAACGGUUGAUAGGCGACGGUCAUUGCCGCUAGCUUCGAUAAAUUGUCUGUCGAUGAAGUUUGGAAUCUUUGAGCUGAGGUAAAUACAGUUAACGAAGAUAUCAACAUCCAAAAUUUCCUUAAAUGGACCACCCUUGGCGGUUUCAUUCAUAUCCCACUUGAUGAUGUUCUCAUCAGCCAAUCCAGCCUUUUGGAAGAGGGAGACAGCACCUCUACCGCAUCUACCGAGUGCACCAAUAACGAGGGCCUUUACUGGCUUAUCAGAUUUUGCAGAUUGAAUCUUUUGCUUGAGGUCUUUGAUCAAUUCAUCUUCAUUUGGGUAUGGCUCAAGGUGACCGAGUUCUUUGCCUUCUUGUUGGGCGAUAUGUGCGAGUAAACCUACUGCUGCACCAGCGAAACCGGCAUGGAAACCGAAAGCAGCGACACGACGUCCACUGUCGUCUGUGAGGAAUUCCAAAUCGUAGAGACUGCCAUUUCCAUCAGCGAAACGCUUCAAUACGUCAGCCCAUCCAGCUUGUUGCUUGUAGCAGUGUGCGAAUUGAAUGUGAGUGUGCUCUAAUGGUGUAUCCUCAACUGGCAAUUCCUUUAAUCCAACGAUGAGGGUGUCCUUUGGUGCUGUUGGCCAUGAGCUGUGUGGUGCGAGCUUUGCGCCAACUCUUGGGUAUCGUUAGGAAAUAUAAUGCAGCAGGCAUUUAUCCUACCUUUCAUAUUCCUCGUCGUCGAAAAUACGCUGUGGGUCUCUCUCCACCGUAACGUCAAAACCUCUAUCGAGGAGGGCCUUAGUUGUGGCUGGAGUGAGAGCUGCUCUCUUCUCAAAUUCCUUAGUUUCGCAUCUUAACCAGAGUUU